AUGGGCAAGAGAGGCACGGAGAAAAAGAGAGAAGGAACAGAAGGAAAGAAGGAGAGGACCGCGGCGGCCGCGGCGGCAAGAGCCAGAAGACAAGCGGCACGGGGACUGCAACGCAAGGACGGGCAGAGGAGCGCCGGAGCAGCAGCGAACGAGAACGGGCAUGCGCGGAGGAGGAAGCCGCCGAAGCAGCAGGGCGGGGGGGGCGGGGCCAACGAGAGCGGGGCGGGGGGCGCGCGGAACCGGGGGCGGUGCGAGGGGGGCGGCGGAGAGGCAACAGGGGGCCGGGAGACGGGCGAACGAGCGGAGACGGACAAGGAGGGGAAAAGGGCCGGGGGGGCGGCAAGGGAGCACGAAAGCCGGGGGGCGGCGACGGGGGCGGCGGGGGGGAGGCGAGAGACGAAGGGGCCACGAGCAGAAGGGGGGGUGCGCCGGGGCCGCAGAAACCGGCGAAACGGGGGGACAAAAAGAGCAAAGGGGCGGCAGGCAGAAAAGCAACAGGAGGGCGACGGACCGGGAGGGGAACGGGGGGCGGCCAGGAGAGCAGCAGGGCGAGCGGCAGGAACAGCAGCAGCGGGGCCGGCAGGGCGAACGCAGAGGCGGGGAGAGCACGAAAGAAGGGGGCGGGGACAACAGGCGGAGAGCGCGGGGAGCGCGCAGAGCCGGAACCGGCAGAGCCCAGGCAGAGGGGAAGCCGCGGAGGAGGGGGAGAGGAAGGGCGGGGGAGCGAAGAGGGGGCCAAGAGCACGAAGCGCGCCAAGAACGGGGAGCAGGCGAGCGGCCAGGGCGGCAACACGGGCAGGGGAGAGCAUGGGGAAAGCGGCGAAACGUCUGGCAGGGCGAGGGGGAGCGAGGGGCGGGGGCGGGGCAGCGCCGGCGCCAAGCGGGAGGAGAGGGGCCCAGAUGUGCGGGAGCAGGAGGCACACGGGCGGAGCGGCGGAAAGAGGGAGCAGCAACGGCGGGGAAGAGAAGAGCCGGGGCAAGAGGGCGAAGAGGAGGCCGCGGGCGAGCAGGCCGAGGGCCAGGCCGGGGGGGCGGGGGAACGGACGGGGAGCAGCCGGGAGAGAACAAACGCCGGAGGACGGGGAAGAGGGCGAGAGGGCCAGGGAAAGAACGGCCCACAGGGCAGCGGGGAAAGCCGAGAAGGGACCGGCAGACGAACGGGCCAAGCAGCAAAGGGAGCAAGAGAGAAGAAGAGAGGGGAGCGAAAGCGGGCGGCAGCAGCAGCACGAGAGAGAGGAAAGAGGAAGCCAAG